AUGAAUAUGUUGGAUAAUGAUGAUGACCAAAGCUUUCACGCUACGCGUGACGGCUACUCCCAUUUGAGCGAUGUCGAAUGGGAUGCGGUUGAACGGAUGGGUUCAACCAUGGGCAUCCAUGCUGUUAGCGUCAUGCUAGAGGCUCUCAAUAGAGAUGCCCAACAUGCUAAUAUCGCCAAGUUCAUCCAAAAUGAACUUGACGCUGAACGCGAGAAAUUUGAACUGUUGAGACAGCAGCAGGCUGCUGCUGGUGGGUCGAUGCACUCGCGUCGACCCGAGACCUUGAAGAUUGACAUCUCUAAGUAUAGGGGAAUCGAAGAGGACUCCCUCCUGAGAUGGUUUGUCGAAUUGGAUGACGCCAUAAGGGCGCGUCGCAUCGACGACGGGGAUCUGCAAGUCGCAUUUGCCCAUUCAAAUUUAGCAGGCCGUGCCAAGACUUGGGCAUUGGGGCUCAAGCUGCACGACCCAUAUGCGUUUGGGUCGUUGGAAGGCUUCAUGUCGCGGCUCAGACAAACGUUUGAACCGCCUUGA